UCGCAGAUAUUCUGUGAAUCACAACAAAUGUCAAAAGCGUGAAUGCGCUGGGACCUGGGUUGCGUUGAUUUUUCCAUUUGUUUUUGUGUUAAUUUGGUGCUUCAAGAAUAUGUUAUGAACUGUUAAUGCAUUAAGUAUUUUCACGAUUAAAAAGGUGCUGCUUAUUAUUCAUAAACCUAUAUUACGAGAAUCUACCUUAAAAAAUGUCAAAAAAAACAAGUUACCAAUCUGAUGAAGAUAAUAUUCGUUAUAAAUUAAACACUCAGUACUUUAAUAAUGCUCGUAAAAGCAACUCAAAAUCACCCCCUCAAGAUGCAAAGAAAAAGCAGAAACCUAAGAGUGAUGAUGACCACAAUAUUCGAUACAAAUUACCUGAUGCUCGAGUAAAUAUUAACCGAUUAGAUUUAAAGCCUAAAUCAAAGCCUAAAAUCAAAGUUAACUUUUGGAGCAAUAAACAAUCAGUGCCUCGAUUACACAAGGAAAAAGAAAAGAAGUCAAACAGGAGGCAUACUGUCGGAAGCACCACUGGUCUUCAAGCAAGCGAUCUCAAACCAAAGCACUCUGUUGUGAAAGUGCGCAAAAGAGUGUCGUUCUUGCCCACUCCAAUAUUCUCUGACAAUCAUGUACCCAUGGUGACGGUCCCGGACGACUUGACUAUAAACCUGAAUGAGGAAGAAGCCAAUGAACUGAGAGAAGAUUUAAAUUCAGUUUGUGUAACUAACGGUGCUGAAACAAGUCCUAGUCCUCGAGGACCAAGAUCAAACCCUCAGUUAAGUCCGAGAGGGACAAAGCGACGGCACAGCCCUGACGACUGCCGGCAUCACAACAAUGAAACAGAACUGGAGUUUUUCUCAAAGUAUGUUGUACAAAAGUUGAGAAAAAUGGAAACAAAUCAGAGGAUUUAUUCUGAGAAUAUAAUUAACACAGCCUUAAUGCUUGGUCAGCUUGGAAAACUGAACGGAAAAUCUAGAAUAGCUGAGUAAGAUGGUAGGUAGUAUAUAUUAAUAAUAAUACCUAUUACAUGUAUAUGUUAUGUAAUUAGAGUGUAACAUUGUAAAACAUAGACCCAAUGUUAAUUUAUUGAAAAAUUAUGGAAGCUAUAGGCAAUGUACUAGGGGCUGAUUUCACCAUUUUACACGAUGAAUUAUCUAUUUAUUUGAGAUUUUUCUAUGUGGCUAAAAUUCACUCUCAUUUAACUGUAUUUUGAAUUAAAGUGAUUUUAAGCUUAUUACAUACUUGAAAGGUAACAAAUAUCACUUUAUGUUGCUUCUCUGAAGAUUAAUAAAUUAUGUCCUACUACUAUUUCAAGCUAGUAAAUGGUAAUAAAUAUUCUCUAAAAGCAUGUUACACACAUACAUUUGGAAUAUUUAUUUUCCUAUCAUAGAUGGAUGGACCAAACAUUUUAAAUAAGAGUUUUGCUCUGAGUUUUGUAUUAGUAUCCGCUUAUAUUUUAUGAUUUUCAUUGUUACAUUAUUGGUACCUCAGUUUACAAAGCCAUUUACAGAUGACCUCUUUGAUCCGCGAAUACUAACAUGGGGCCACAUGCAGAUCAACCGAACCUUAUCUAUGUAAAUACUCCUACCUACCUAUCAUUUUGAUCAAACCACGACAUUAGCUUGACAAUACUAACUUUGCAAAAGUUAAAGACUGAUUGAAUUAAUGAUUAUUUUUUACCUUGAACUGGUAGCCCCAAAUUCUGAAAAGAGUGAGGCAUAAUACAUCAGUGUCAAAAAUGAAGAAUAAAGGUCUUCGCACAUUAUAACAACUCAC